AUGGCUGCCGUCUGCUCUGAGGUCUUCGCUCUCAUGCGAGCCCGGGGAGCCCAGCCGGACUUCACGAGGCCUCCCCACGGGUCACCUCCCCACGGGGCACUCACGAGCAGCCAGACCUGGCUGGGGAGCCCGCAGAACCGGGAGGCACCUCAUUCCUCCCCAGUGUGGGCACCCAGUGAUGGCAGGUGGGAUAUCGUGACAGAUCACCGUGAGACAGCCCUGCCCGGAGGACGGAAGCCAGCUUGGGGGGAUGUCAGUGUGGCGCUGUGGGGCCCUUGUGGUCAGGGUAGUUGCUGGAACUGCUGUCAGCCGGUGGCUUCUGUGGUCCCAGGCCUCACCUCCCUGAGAGGCUUCAACCUGGACAUCAGCAGGACAUGGCUCACACCUCCUCCAGGCAGUGGUCAGGGGCCCCACGUGCAAGAGGUCCAGCUGCAUCAGGACAAGGGCAACAGCCAGACCUGCGGCCGCUCCUUCCUGCUGACUCACCGCAGCGGGCCCUGGGCCCACACGCAGGCAGGAAAGUGUGGCGGCAACCCGGAGGCUCCCCUCCCCCUGGCAGGGGCUCCCCUGGCUGGCCCUCACUAUGUGGCAGGCCUGGGUGGGUCACCCUUGCCGGGCUUUACCUUCCUCAUCUGCAGAAUGGGAGCAGGCGGGCACGUGGCCCCCGGCUGGCGCGGCCCAAAUGCCAAGGGCGGGCCCCACAGGCGGGUUGGCGGGGCCCGGGGGAGAGGUGCCGUCCCGAGCCCUGGAUUCCGGUCCUUCUUCUGUCUACUAAGCCGCGGGGCCUCUGGGUUUGCCUGUCUGGACUCGGCCGGGCCCAUCAGAGCCAGGAGGCUGCUGAGGGGCCUCCAGAAGGCGGUGUGGCCAGGGCUGGGGGGCCUCUUCCGGGCAGGCCCCGGGCCUCCAUGGCUCUUCUUUCCCUCCACAAGGCUCCUCGUCACCGGGCCCUGGAAGCAGAGGGGAGCCGGCCACUUCCACAGCUGCACCCUGGGCCGCGAUGAUCAGAUCCUCUGUCAGCCUCUAAAGCACGUGCCCACUCCUCGGGGCUCACGCCCUCUGCUUUCUAUGGCUCGGGACCCGGAUGGCACCUUGGUGGUGAGUGUGCAGGAUGGGGUGCAGCCAGCACUGGGGGCCCGGCCCCCCCAGGAUGGGAGUCUCUGCUGCUUCCAUGCAGGGCAGAGGGCACUGCCGCCCCCGUGCAGGGCAGAGGGCACUGCCGCCCCCCGUGCAGGGCAGAGGGCACUGCCGCCCCCGUGCAGGGCAGAGGGCACUGCCGCCCCCGUGUGUGUCCAGGUGAAGAGGAGGAGAAGCCCCCAGAGCCUGGCCCAAGAGCUGAACGGGGCCUGCAGCCUCCUGGGGGCAGACUUGGGCCUCCGGGACUGCUUCGGCUUCCCAGGUACUGGUGCCGGCGAGCCCUGGGCCGGGCCGGAGGUGGGCGCCACGGGGGCCUCGUCCUUGUUUCCUAAAGAAGCCUCGGAUGGCCGUCCCGGCCGGUCCUGCCUGACCCUGGAACCUGCUGCCAGCAGCCCCCCCCAGGACCCCCCGGACCUCCCCGGCGCCAGGCCGAAGCACGAGGGCAGCAUCAGGGAAAGGCGGAGCCUGGAGGACGAGGACGAGGAGGAGGAGGAGGCCGGCACGGAGAUCGCCAUCGUCCUGGAUGGGUCGGGAAGCAUCGACCCCCCCGACUUCCAGAGAGCCAAAGCCUUCAUCUACAACAUGAUGCAGAACUUCUAUGAGAAGUGCUUCAAGUGCCGCUUCGCCCUGGUGCAGUAUGGGGAGGUGAUCCAGACAGAGCUGGAGCUGGAGGACAGCGAGGAUGCGAGUGCCGCCCUGUGGAGAGUCCAGAACAUAGUCCAAGUGGGGAAGGUGACCAAGACUGCCUCAGCCAUCCAGCACGUCCUGGACUCAGUCUUCGUUCCCAGCCGGGGCUCCCGGGAGAAGGCGCCCAAGAUCAUGGUGGUGCUGACGGAUGGGGACAUUUUCCAGGAUCCCCUGGACCUGGCCAGCGUCCUCCACUCCUCUAGGAUGCGCGGCAUCGAGCGCUUCGCCAUCGGGGUGGGAGCUGCAUUCAACCAAAGCAAGGCUAACCAGGAGCUGCACCUCAUCGCCUCGGACCCCGACGAGGCCCACGCCUUCAAAGUGACGGACUACUCGGCCCUGGAUGGCCUGCUGAGCAGCCUGGAGCAGAAGAUCCUCAGAGUGGAAGGCACCGUUGGGGAAGCCUUACAGUACGAGCUGGCCCAGAUUGGUUUCAGUGCCCACGUCCUGGGCAAGCAGCAGGUCCUGCUGGGAGCCGUGGGGGCCUUUGACUGGUCGGGGGGUGUCGUGCUGUACCACACGGAGAACCACCAAUUUCACUUCCUCAACGAGUCCACUAGGGAGUCCAGGACGGCCCAGUACGGCUACCUGGGCUACUCUCUGGCUGUGGUGAACACGAGCGGCGGGACGUCCUACCUCGCCGGCGCCCCCCGGCACGGCCACAGGGGAAAGGUGCUCUCUGUCCCCAAGGACCGCCUGGGCCUGGGCUUCCGGCCCAUCCUCGAGGGAGAGCAGAUGGGCUCCUACUUCGGUUCCGAGCUCUGCCCCCUGGACGUGGACAUGGACGGGACCACGGACCACCUGCUCGUCGGAGCCCCCUUCUAUCACCUGCGCGGGGAGGAAGGCCGGGUGUACGUGUACCGCCUGGGCGGGCAGGGCGACGCCUUCACGCUGGUGGCGAGCCUCCAAGGCCGGCCCCAGUUCGCCUUCGCCAGGUUCGGCUUUGCCGUAGCCGCCGUGGGAGACCUCGACCAGGACGGGCUGGGCGACGUGGCCAUCGGGGCCCCCCUGGAGGGCUUCCCGGAGGACGCCGGCUUCGGCAGCGUCUACAUCUACAACGGGCGCCCCGGCGGCGUCUCGAGCAGCCCCUCUCAGUGGGUCCGAGCGGCUGAGCUGGCCCCGGGGCUGCAGUACUUUGGGGCGUCCAUCGCUGGCGGCAUCGACCUGACGGGGGACGGCCUGGGCGACGUGUCUGCGGGCUCUCUGGGCCGGGCGGCCGUACUGCGCUCCAGGCCUGUGGUCCGGCUGCAGACGUCCAUGGUGUUCACCCCCCCCUCCGUGAAGCCGGGCCCCCACCGGGAGGUCGAGGCCCGCUUGUGCUUCAAGAUCCCCUCCGGCGGCCCCCUGGCCCGGACAGGGCCCCCGGAGCUGUCCCUGAAUGCCACCAUUGAGCUGGAUGUGAAGAAGGAGCGGAAGCGGCUCGUGUUCAGGGACGGCGGCGCUCGGAGCCAGCUGGCGAGGCGGGUCCCCGGCUGCCACCAGCUCGUGCUCAGCCUUCAGGAGGGCGAGGCGCCUGCCUGGCAGUGGCUCCCGGGCCGAGUCCCUAACGGCAUUCUGGGAGGAUCCAGAAAAGAGGACGUGGGCGGGAUGGCCAAGGAAGGCUUCCUGGGGGCGUUGUGGCGGGAGCGAGGCGGAGGGGAGACGUCUGACAAGAGGCCCCCCCGAGCUGCCGGGGACCCCAGACUGGGAGCCGGGGGGGCCCCAAGCCCCUCCCGCGCGUGCGACGACCACGACUGCUUCUCCAACAUCGGCGUGGAGGUCAGCUACCAGCUGCGGAGCCUCGAGGGGCCUCGGGAGCAGCCCCAGCCCAUCCUGGGUCGGCGCGGGGAGGCCGCCGCGUACUUUGAGCUGCCCUACGAGAAGGACUGCAAGAACAAGCUGACCUGUGUGGCAGAGUUCGAGCUGGCCACAGAGCUGAGCCCGGGGCAAGCGGUGGUGGGGCUCACGAAGGAAGUGACCCUGACUGUGCAUCUCGCCAACACUGGGGAAGAGUCCUACAUGACCAGAAUGCUGCUGACGCACCCCUCCAACCUUCAGCUGAAGAAAGUCCAACAGGUGAGCCCAGGAAGGGAAGCGGGCCUAGAGCGGGCUUUGUUUUUAAGGAAGGAAGAGAACUCGCUUCCAUUGCUGGCAGAGUUCUGGAACGCUGACAGAAGCCGGGGCGGGCCACACCACGCCGACCACCAGGCGCUCGGGUCGGGGGGACGUCGUAGAGGUUCCCCCUCGCUCCCCGCCGAUGACGCCGCCUGCCCCUUUUUGUGCCAACAGCCUUCCUCGGCUACAGAGGUGCAGUGCACGGAUCCCACCCCUGCGCCCCCCGGCCUCGCCAUGACCUGUAAGGUGGGCCACUUCGUAUUCAAGAGAUCACACGCCAACUUUUCGAUAACUUGGCAACUAGAGGAAAGCAAAUUUCCCAACGAGACAGCAGAAAUUGCCAUUAUGGUCACCAAUGCCAACGGCCAGCCUCCGCUGAGUGAGAGACUGAAGCUCCCGGUCAAACAUGCCCUGGCAGUGGUUCUUGAUAAACCCCCAGUGAUGUACGUGGACACGGGCCGAAGCCUCUGGGAGCACCAAGAACUCCAGUUUAACGUCCGGGGGGAGAAUCCCUUUGGAGCCGAGCUGGAAUUACAGAUUUGCGUCCCGGCCAAGAGGGGAGGUCGCGACGUCAUGAAGCUAAAGAACAUCACAGCAAUGCAGGUACCUAAAGGCUAUCCUCGCCACUCCCAGGGCGGCCAUUCCGGCCGGGCCGCUCAACGCAGGGGUCCCCCUUAAGCUAG